AUGAUUUUCAACUUGAUCUCUGCGUCUGUGCUGUACCUUCCAAAGAUUAACUGGGGUCCUCGCACUUCCUGCUCGCAACGUCAGCUGGGCUAUUGUUACUCCACUAAGUUUUCUAGCAAAGUCAUCAUGACUGGCUCUGCUCUUGCUAUUGCCCACCAUACCUGGGAAUCUAUCCUUGACCAGAAGAUCGAUGUCCUCAAAUGCGCUGUCACCACCAAUGAUCCCUUCGACAUUGCCUACGUCCUGAACCAGGAUUUUCACGCUGUCUAUUGCGCACUCACCCUUCUCACCCCACUCGAUUACUGGCCGCAAAUUAGCCACGGAUAG